CCACUCGUGGGAAGCAAAGGGUUUGCUUGAUUUCCUUCUUCACUCAAACGGGUUGCCCUCACCAUGCUGGCUGCAAGUGGGACCCGUAUCCGUGUCCAGUUUGGGCGGCUCCUGGCGGAAGCAGGGCAGCUCAGUUCUCCUGUCCGCCGGCCUCUAGGACCAGGGCUCCUGGGCUCCACGGCAUUGUCCUGCACAGAUCAGAACAGAAGCUCGGGGGCAACAGCUGAGAAGGUGUACAAAGUGCCUGGCGGACACAAACCCUCAACAUUUGACAAGAAAAUCCUCCUGUGGACUGGACGCUUCAGAAAGGAAGAUGAAAUUCCUCCAAGGAUCCCGCCCGAGAUGCUGGAUGCUGCAAGGAACAAAGCCCGAGUGAAGGCCUGUUACAUUAUGAUUGCCCUGACAAUCAUAGCUUGCUUUGCUGUGAUUGCCUCUGCUAAAAGGGCUGUUGAACGCCAUGAAUCCCUCACAAGCUGGAACUUAGCAAAGAAAGCCAAGUGGCGUGAAGAGGCUGCAACACGAGCAGAGGAAAAGGCAAAAUGAGAGCCAUCUGCUCUUGAAACUGGAGCUGUGCUGGGAACGAAGAAAACACACAAAAUUGGCAAGAGUUAGCAAGAUAUAUCCUCCAGGGAAAACGCUGAAGUUGAACACAACUUACUACUAACAACUUUCAUUUCCACUUGUGUAACAAAUAUUGGGUGAGAGAUAAUUAAUUUUUUCUGCCACAAGUGAAUAAAUAAAUCAAGUUCAGUUGAAAGUUUGCUCUGAAAGGAUUCAUCUGCUAUUUUGCUUCUAUUUGAACUUUUAAGGUCUG